GAUUUAGAAGCAUUCAUCGAGUCAUGGUUAAGGAGUGCCUACUAAAAGACAAUACCCGUUCCUCAGAAUGGAUGUGAAUAAGACAAACAGCUGCUUGGAGAUAAUUAAAAUCCUAGAAAAGUAUUAUCUUUGCACCAUGUACGUCCUUGAGUUGAUUUUUGGUAUCAUUGCAAAUAGCACUGUGGUGUUUGGCUACAUCUUCUGCCUGAAGAAAUGGAAAAGUAGCAACAUCUAUCUGUUCAACCUGUCCUUAUCAGACUUAGCAUUUCUUUGCACUCUUCCAAUAUUGGUGGCAAAAUACUCAACAGACAAAUGGACACCUGGGAACAUUUUGUGCCAAAACAAUAGAGUAUUGUUGCAUGCAAACCUGUACACAAGUAUCCUUUUCCUUACCUUUAUCAGUAUCGAUCGAUAUAUCCUUAUGAAAUAUCCAUUCAGAGACCAUUUUCUACAGAAGAGAAAUACAGCUGUUGUUAUCUCUGUUGCCAUCUGGAUCUUGGUUAUAUUUGAACUGUUGCCAAUAAUCAUCUUCAUUGGAUCUACUGCCAAUGAUGAUAAAUGCAUGGAUUAUGCAAGUUCUGGAGUUCCAGAACAAAGCUUGAUCUACAGUUUGUGCCUGACUGUUUUGGGAUUUCUAACCCCUCUUUGUGUCAUGUGCUUCUUUUACAGGAAGAUGGUUAUUUUUCUUAGAAACCAUAAUGAGCAGCUCAAUGGUUCCCUGCCACUUGAGAGACCUCUUACUUUAGUCACCAUGGCAGUGGUCAUUUUUUCGCUGCUCUUUACUCCCUAUCAUAUCAUGCGCAAUGUCAGACUUAUCUCCCGCAUACAAUCCUUGGAGGUAUCUGAGUGCACACAAAACAUCAUCAAUGCCAUUUAUAUCAUCACAAGACCUAUUGCAUUUUUAAAUAGUGCAAUUAACCCUGUCUUUUAUUUUCUAAUGGGUGAUCACUUCAGGGAGAUGCUGAUGAAUAAAGUAAGGCACUUCUUAGAAAGAGUCACUAUUGGCAGAAAAUAAGAUGAUAAAAGUGCACUUGGAUGCAGCAACAUACAGCGGAUUAAAGUGUAUUGAUGUCUCGGACAAUACUUACUGAUGUAAAGUGAGGUUGUAUUUAGCUAUAUGUAUUUAACUGUGUGUAAUCUGUUGAUUGGACUGUUCUUUGCCAAAUGGUUCACAAUAGAGCCACUGUUUACCUAUUGCAAUAGGCCUCAUUCUACUGCCUUAUUCAGAUAAAACUAUUGCUGGCUAGACAAGAGGCAAGUUCCCUUCAAGUCGUUUAAAUUGCCUGUUCCACAGGCAGACAUGGAGAUAGCUUAAUGCAUAUGAGAAUUAUAUAGCUGCCCAGGGCCCCAUAUUCAGCAUAUAUUUAUGAUCCCUGAUUCCUCUUGUUAUGCCUGCCUAACUUUUCCUUCCUCUCUGCCCCUGUGAAGUUGGAUAUUGUUCACUUUUUAUGGAGCUGAGCACAUUUCACUUUUUAUUUUAUCUUGUGGGAAGUUGGUGGGUUCCAGGAGGGGCAGGAAAGGUUGUAGGCAGGGAUAGUAGGGAGGAAAAAUCUUCUGAUCUUAGCCCUGAUGGAACUUCGCUCAUAGUGAUAGUGAGGAGGGAGAAAAAUAGAUUUUCAGUUCCUGGCAUUCACUUGCAUUGAGAUUAGAUAGGAGUGCAUGUUGGAGAUGAGAGAGAGAGAUCCAUUAAUCAGAGAGUGAGAGAAAGGAGUAAGACCAAAAUUAAAGUGAUUAGUAUAACCAAGGGUUGGAGACAAAGCCCAGAACCAGAAGAAAAAAGAUAAAAUAAAUUAAAUACAAUUAUACUUUGGAAUAUUACUCUGAAAAGGGGAUUUUUUCAUUUUCUGUGCAAGUCUCAGUGAUUUCCAGACACAUGCCAAGCUGACAACAAAGACAAUGAUGCAGUAACAGUUUUAUAUCUGGAAACUGGGCAUUAAAAACCAGAUUGUGGUUCACUACUCACAUAUCUUCCCCCAGUUGUAAUGAUGCUACAUGCCUAAUUUGGUCUUUAUUUACUUUUCAUCAAUCCCAUAAUGCAGUGGUCAGUAACCUGUGACUCAUGUGCAGGAUUCGGAUUAUGAAAAGACUGGGUCCAGUCUGGGAAGGUGCAACCUGGCCCAGGGCAACACGGGGGAAUGGGCAGUUGAACUGCUCACCCCUCUGCAGCACUCUUCUCCAUCGCCCAACCUGCUGUGCUCUAGUGCCUGUGUUUACCCUCAUUGCAGAGCAGUUGGUUAUCUGCAGUGAGAAUAAAAACUCUGUGGGGGUGGAGGUUUGCAGCCCAUGGCAGGGGGUUGAGUCUUGUUGUGUGUUAUUGUGUUUUCCUUGUACAGUCCCUUUAAAGCCAAAGCCUCAUGUUUAGCAUUACAGGGUUCAGUUUGCUUGUGGCAGUUUUGCAGCUCUGGGAACUCCAUUUUCUUUGCCAAGAGGAG